AUGGUUACUAAUUCCGAUCUUGACUCAAAAGCUGUAUACUAUCGGCUUCAGGAAAAUGACAUCAUUAACGUUGUAUCGAGUGAAAAUGCUGUUCAAAAUGAUGUGGGCUUUCGAUGGAGCGCCUUACAUUUGCAUUUGUUCCAUGGAUUGAAAUUUGCUGCUUUAUUGUUUACAAUAGUGCCUGUGUUCAUAAUGUUCGACUGUAUGAAAAUCAUUUUUCAACGCAAACGUAGAUUUUGCCUUGACCAUGUCAACAGAAUUUUUUUAAGGCAAAGUUCUUGGAUUCUCGAUGAACGUAUUUGUGAAUACGUUCUCAAUCCUUUGUUUGUUUGUUUGUAUCCUUCCACGUUUUCUAGUCCAACAUAUGUAAAAUACGACAUUCCUAUAGAAGAUCAGAAAUCUCCAGAGAACAACAUUUUCCAAAAUCAUCGACUAAACGCACCCAACACUGUUAGCACGAAGUUUUACCGGUAUGUUAUGCCAGAGGGCUUUGAUCCCGCAACAGAUCCAGUUUUAGUGUUCUAUCAUGGUGGUGGUUAUGCUCUUAAAUUGACGCCCACAUCGUUAUCAUUUUUGAAUAAUAUGCGAAACGCAUUUCCUAAGAUGGCCAUUCUUGUACCAGAUUAUACAGUUACGGCUACCGAUGAUCAGUCGAGAAAGUACCCACUGCAAAUUUUACAAAAUGUGGCAAUUUUUGAUUACGUCGUUAAGACUAUGGGCUGCAAAAACCUGACGAUUAUGGGAGAUUCUGCUGGUGGCAAUGCUGUUUUGAACAUUGUUUUGUAUUUGAGGAAGUGCAACAGAGUUAUCUACCCGAAAAAAGUCAUAGCCAUAAGUCCCUGGGCCAAUGCCACUUUCUUCCACGAAGGAGAAAGGGAAUAUAUGCAACGAACACAGGAAUGGGAUGGUCUAUGUUUAAAGAGUCAUUCGAUGUUUGGGAGAAUGUUCGUAGGGAGCAACUCAAACGUCGAUUUUACUAGCGAUCCUUUUGUUAACAUUGAAAAAAAUUUUGAAACAGAAAUGUGGCAAGAUAUUCUGACUAAGUGCUCCGUAAUGAUUACGUACGGUAGUGACGAGUUGCUGAGCUUUCAGAACAAGAUCUUGGCGAAGAAAAUGAGUGAAGCUAGUGAGGGACACAACUACUUUACCUCCAAAAAUGUGCUGGUCGAACAUCAAGGUUAUCACACUGGUCCCAUAUUAAACUACUCCCGUAACAUGGAUCGCUGGACAAGCAUACCAUCUAUUGCUCGCAUUCUCGAGUUUAUGCAAUCCUGA